CGCUGCAGCCGCCGCGGGGGCGCCACUACCAUGAGCGGCCGCGGCCGCCCCUGCGCGACUCACGGGCACCGGGCGCACCAGCCGCCGCCGGCCCCCCGCCGCUGCCGCCGCGGCCGCCGCUGCCGUCGCCGCCGCUGCCGCGCACCCCCGGCCCCCGAGCCCGGCGCUGCAGGAUGCCGGGGGGCAAGAGAGGGCUGGUGGCACCGCAGAACACCUUCCUGGAGAACAUCGUCCGGCGCUCAAGCGAAUCCAGUUUUUUACUGGGAAAUGCCCAGAUUGUGGACUGGCCUGUAGUUUAUAGUAAUGACGGGUUUUGUAAACUCUCCGGAUAUCAUCGAGCUGACGUCAUGCAGAAGAGCAGCACUUGCAGUUUUAUGUAUGGUGAACUGACAGACAAGAAGACCAUUGAAAAAGUCAGACAGACUUUUGACAACUAUGAGUCAAACUGCUUUGAAAUUCUCCUCUACAAGAAAAACAGAACCCCAGUUUGGUUCUACAUGCAAAUUGCACCCAUAAGAAAUGAGCAUGAAAAAGUGGUUUUGUUCUUGUGCACUUUUAAGGAUAUCACUUUAUUCAAACAACCAAUUGAAGAUGAUUCAACAAAAGGUUGGACGAAGUUUGCUCGGUUGACACGGGCCCUGACGAACAGCCGGAGCGUACUGCAGCAGCUAACGCCGAUGAACAAAGCUGAGGUGGUGCACAAACACUCCCGGUUAGCAGAAGUUCUCCAGCUGGGAUCUGAUAUUCUUCCUCAGUACAAGCAAGAAGCUCCAAAGACUCCACCACACAUUAUACUACACUAUUGUGCUUUUAAGACCACUUGGGACUGGGUCAUCUUAAUUCUAACAUUCUACACAGCAAUUAUGGUUCCAUAUAAUGUCUCCUUCAAAACAAAACAGAACAACAUUGCCUGGCUUGUGCUGGACAGUGUCGUGGAUGUUAUUUUUCUGGUUGACAUUGUUUUGAACUUUCAUACAACCUUUGUUGGCCCUGGUGGAGAGGUUAUAUCUGAUCCCAAACUCAUAAGGAUGAACUACCUGAAAACAUGGUUUGUGAUUGAUCUUCUGUCCUGUUUACCAUAUGACAUCAUCAAUGCCUUUGAGAAUGUGGAUGAGGGGAUCAGUAGCCUCUUCAGCUCCUUAAAAGUGGUACGUCUUCUACGACUCGGUCGAGUUGCCAGGAAGUUGGACCAUUAUCUGGAAUAUGGUGCUGCUGUACUGGUGCUGUUGGUGUGUGUAUUUGGACUGGUGGCCCACUGGCUAGCCUGCAUAUGGUACAGCAUUGGGGACUAUGAAGUUAUUGAUGAAGUCACUAAUACAAUCAAAACAGAUAGCUGGCUCUACCAGCUGGCACUGAGUAUUGGGACACCAUAUCGAUACAACACCACUGGCUCAGGGCAGUGGGAAGGAGGACCCAGUAAAGACUCUUUGUACAUAUCCUCUCUCUACUUUACCAUGACAAGCCUUACAACAAUAGGAUUUGGAAACAUAGCACCAACCACUGAUGGAGAGAAGAUUUUUUCAGUGGCCAUGAUGAUGGUUGGCUCUCUUCUUUAUGCAACUAUUUUUGGAAACGUCACCACCAUUUUCCAGCAAAUGUAUGCCAACACCAACCGAUACCAUGAGAUGCUGAACAAUGUGAGGGAUUUCCUAAAAUUAUAUCAAGUCCCAAAAGGCCUUAGUGAAAGAGUCAUGGAUUAUAUUGUCUCAACCUGGUCCAUGUCUAAAGGAAUUGACACAGAGAAGGUUCUCUCAAUUUGCCCAAAGGACAUGAGAGCAGAUAUAUGCGUGCACCUAAACCGGAAAGUUUUUAAUGAGCAUCCUGCCUUCCGGCUGGCCAGUGACGGCUGCCUGCGAGCCCUGGCUGUGGAGUUUCAGACGAUCCAUUGCGCCCCGGGGGACCUCAUCUAUCAUGCUGGGGAAAGCGUUGAUGCUCUUUGCUUUGUGGUCUCAGGAUCCCUAGAAGUCAUCCAGGACGACGAGGUGGUGGCUAUUUUAGGUAAAGGCGAUGUGUUUGGUGAUAUCUUCUGGAAAGAAACCAGUCUGGCCCAUGCGUGUGCCAAUGUACGGGCUCUGACAUACUGCGAUUUACAUAUUAUUAAACGAGAAGCCUUGCUUAAAGUGUUGGACUUUUAUACUGCUUUUGCAAACUCAUUCUCAAGGAAUCUCACGCUCACCUGCAAUUUGAGGAAACGGAUCAUCUUCCGGAAGAUCAGUGAUGUCAAGAAAGAAGAAGAGGAGCGCCUGCGCCAGAAGAAUGAGGUGACGCUGAGCAUCCCUGUGGAUCACCCUGUACGGAAACUCUUCCAGAAAUUCAAACAGCAAAAGGAGAUGCGUAAUCAAGGCUCAACCCACAUCGACCCGGAAAGGAACCAGCUUCAGGUGGAAAGCCGGAGUGUGCAGAACGGGGCCUCCAUCACAGGCACCAAUGUGGUUACUGUGUCUCAGAUCACCCCCAUCCAGACGUCCCUGGCUUACGUGAAAACCAGUGAGGCCGUGAAGCAGAACAACAGGGAUGCGAUGGAGCUCAAACCAAAUGGAAACGGAGACCAAAAAUGUCUCAAAGUAAACAGUCCCAUGCGGAUGAAAAAUGGGAAUGGGAAAGGGUGGCUUCGACUGAAAAACACAAUGGGGACCCAUGAGGAGAAGAAGGAGGACUGGAACAACGUCACGAAGGCUGAGUCCAUGGGGUUGCUGUCCGAGGAUCCCAAGUCCACUGACUCAGAGAACGGUGUAAAUAAAAACCCACUGAGGAAAACAGACUCUUGUGACAGUGGAAUAACAAAAAGUGACCUUCGCUUGGAUAAAGCUGGUGAGACUCGCAGUCCCCUGGAGCACAGCCCCAUCCAGGCUGAUGCUAGGUAUCCUUUCUACCCUAUUCCUGAGCAGGCCUUACAAACUACGUUGCAGGAAGUCAAGCAUGAACUCAAAGAAGAUAUCCAGCUGCUAAGCAGUAGGAUGGCUGCCCUUGAGAAGCAGGUGGCAGAGAUUUUAAAAAUAUUGUCUGAAAAGAACAUACCCCAAAUCUCUUCCCCCAAGUCUCAUUUAUCACCCCAGCACCCCCCCCAGAUACCCCGUCAGGAUAUUUUUAGUGUUUCAAGGCCUGCCUCACCUGAAUCAGAAAAAGAUGAAAUCCACUUUUAGCAUAUACGUAUGUGUAUAUAUGUAUACAGUAUAUAUGCAAAGGUGUAUAUAUACCUUGAUACAUAUAUAUGUGUGUGUAUACAGUAAAGAUAUAUAUACAUAUAUAUUUUCACUUGCAUCCAAUAUGACUUGAACACACCAAGGAUUUUGAUAUGUAAAUAUUGCAUGUCCAGCUGGAUUCUGGCCUGCCAAAGAAACAAUUAUUAACAUAGAUAUUGCUUGUAUAAUAUGCAGUUGACUGCAUGCACACUUUACAUUUAUUUAUAAUCUCUAUUAUGUAAUAAAAGAAUGACUUUUGUGUAACAAAGGCAAUGUACUAUUUAAAGAAUCAGGGUCUAACCUGCCAAUAUUGCCAUGACAGUUUUGAUCUCAGGCUGGGUGAAUUGAGCUUUUAUUUCCUCACUGUAUUUUCUGCCGAGUUAAACAGUAGAUUAACAUGAUCUGGAGGAACUCCAAUUAGUUCAGACUCCAAUUAGUAUUGUUUUCUGGUAUCAUUCCAUUACAAUAUACUGUAUAUUUGGUGAUAAAUUCCCCUAUUCCUCCUAAAAGGGAGGGCUUAGCUCAGUGGCCAAGGAAGGGCAUCAUGUCUGGUGCUGGGGGAAUCACUGGAAUUUAUUUGUGUGGGUUUUGUGCAUGCACAACUUUUUAUUUCAAGUAUCUGCCUGCUCUUUUAACACCGUAAGAAAUAAUAAUGGUGAUUUAUGUAACAAAAUGAAGCUAACAGAAACUCCCUCACUCCCUGAGUGUUUGGAGGUAACUUUCUUGAAAGCCUCCUUUUACUGAUGCCAUUUUUACUGUUAGAGUAACAUUACGCAGAUUCUCUUUGCAGCACUCAGUGAUCAUGUCCGAUUCUGUCAGUAUCUUCAUUAGGAUGUCCCAUUUUUGUAGGGUUGAGGUUGCUCUCCCGCUGUCCCCCCCAUUGCCCCUGGCAGAAAGAUUUUGCACGAGGUCUGAGCAAGGGACAGAACAAUCAUAGUUCAGCUCCUCAGGAGCCAUAUGAGCAGGUCUGAAAGUCUGAAGUUGAAAGGCUGCUGUUAAUCCCCCUCCACUCUCGUUUCUGAGGACUUUUGAAAUCUGCAACUGCCUUUGAGAACGAGAGAAAAUAACCGGUCAGGAUGAAAUUCACUUUAGUCCAAGACAUCUGGAUGAGAAUGUUUGGAUGGGAGAGUGGUAGGAGUGUUGGGAGAUGGAGUCCUCCCUAGGGUGCUGCACUUGCCUUGGACUUGUGGAAGGUUUCAGCGUAUGGGGGGGCACACUUCAAGAGCAGGCCUGCCGUGCCCACACAGCCAGCUGUCGCAUAUACUAAGUCCCUUAGGUCUGUCAGAUGCUUAGACCCUAUCUCCACCUCCUAGGCUGGAUCAUCGCCCUCCACGUGGCGCUGCUGGCUUCACAGGGCUGCAGCAGGGCAGGCUCUUGCACUGGAUCCUGUUUAUUCUCCUGUUUGGAGCUGACAUUUUGGACUCUGGCUGGGUCUGCACCUGAGUGUGGUGGGGAUUUUUUGCCUCUCUGUUUGCACUGGCUUUGAAUCCAAAUACAUUGAUGCUCAGCAGAAAUGGCAAUUACAGCUUCAGAGCUGUUAACCUGUACAGCUUGAACCCAGCCCAGCAGAAUGCAAUGGCUCCUUAAGAGGACUUCCCUUCCACGCUUAAAUAGCCUCUUGUAUCAUGAUUGCAUGUUUUCAGAAGUGCCUGGACUGAAACAUGUAUGUACCAGAAGGUAUCACUAUCAAUCAGCUAAAUAAAAGACAUGCUUAGAAUUAGUAGGCAUCCUUACCAGACACCAAUACCAGAUCCAUUACUUAACAUUAAGAGACAAAACUAAACUAAAUUGCUUCCUGAAAAACUAAAAAAAAACCCAACCAAGCCAACCAAAGCAACAAACAAAACAAACCAUCAUUUGCAGCAGUGGCAAUUAGGAACAUACAUCUUAGGGUGGACAUCCAAACCUAUAAACCACCAAAAGUUCAUAAGAAAGCCAAAGAAGUCAUUGCUUCUAUUGGGUCAAUUCAUGGAGGCUUUUGGGGAGAUGAUGGUCUUUCUCAUUUACUGUUUCUUUCUGUCCUGUUUCUGCUCCUUCUUUGGUUCCUUUCUUUAGGAAAUUGUAGCUAAAAAAAGGGAAGAAUAAAAGGCCACCAAAAGGGACAGCCCUUCCCAAGUCUAGUGGUUAGGCUGCCUGCUCAUUAUAGUUUUCCACAGUUGCAGUUCCCAGUGUCAAAACUUUCAACUGUGUUUUGCAGCUGCUUUUUUGUUACAAGUGCAGAUCUGGAACUCUGCAACCAUGUUUUGGUCUGCAAGGACAAACUGCGCUAGCAAAACAGCAGGACCUUCAAAGUCCUACUUUAAAUCCUACCCAGGGACCCUGAAAGAAUCAGAGGGUUAUAGGGUUAAGGAGAUACAGGGUUGCUGCUGGCUGCUGGAAUAUGUACUGACAUUGUGGGUUCAAUUUAAGUCCCAGGCUUUGCAGAUUUGAGUGGUUUUGCCUGACUUGGAUUGCUGGUUAAGACAGACACACAACAACUGCCCAGAGCUGCCCAGUGAAUAGCUGAAUCACACAGGCUGUCUUGGGGCUGGAUUUUGGUAAAGUUCCUUGAAUGCAUGAAUCUGCUGCGAUGUGAUGCUGUAAAAGAGCCAGCAGGGUAAUGGGGGUGACUUUGUUAGAAAGCUUUAGCCUUAAUGGCAUUCCUCUGCCUUUGUGAAGGACUUCUUUUCUUUCUCUGUAACUGAUAUUAUUUCUAGAUAGAACUGCAUGGCAUGCGAAGGAAUCUCUAUUUAGGUUUAUCUUGCAAGUCAGGUGUAACUUUGUGCCACUUUACAAUGAGAGAACAUGUAACAGGAUUAAUCUGACCUUGAAAAUGAUUUGAGCCUGGAAUGUCUAUUACAGUUCAAGUGAAACGCGACUGGUUAAAAUGUCUAGUGGCUGAAAGCUAUAAAUAGUGUAAAAUACCAAGUUCAUGAAACAAAUAUGGUGUUUCCAGCUGCACUUCUAGUGCUGCUUUGGUUCUGAUAUUCCAGUAUGGUCCAUUGAAAGUUCAGUGGAAUGAGCAAGCCCCUUGCAUGAGGCAGUAGUGUGAUGAGUGUCUUGCAAACGUAGGGCAGCCUACAGAAGGGCCCUGUGUACUGGGAGUGCAGCCGGAGACCAAGUUUGUGGGAUUGACUCUGGUGGCUAUUGCUCUGGAAAUCUGGCUUCUACAAUUCUGAAGCAUUUUGCCUCCAAAAUUUCAUGAUCGAAGCAUUACAUGUUGUUUCAUGGAGCUGCUACCAGGGCACUGGUUCAGCUUUCCCAUACCCUAGCGGUUGUGCAUGUUGUGAACCAGUGUGCUGCCAACUGGGGCAUUCCUUUUCUGUUAAAGAAGCAUGAGUCAGAGUCUUGUUCAGGCUUGACUGAAAGCAACCAGCUGUAGUCAUUAAGUACAAUAAGGACACUAAUGUGUCUCUUCCACCUAGGCCAGUGCUCAAGCAGCUACACGCCACGUGGAGAGAGCUGUUGGCUGCAUACUUUCCUUUCCUUUAAGAGCUCUAUACCUGUACGGGUGUUCCUGCCAUAUGCUGGUAACAGCAUUCUUAGCACUUACCUUGUGCUUUGUGUGUUCAAAGCAUUUUACCUGCACAUAAGUGGAUUUUAUCUUUCUGGGCUUUGGAAUAGAAAUAAAAUGUGUACAGAAAAGUAAACACUUUCCAAAACAAAUGUACUAGAAUACCUUUAGUAGCAUUUUUUGUGUAAUGUUACAUAUAUGAGAUAGAACAGCACUUCAGGGUAAUAUCUGCAAAAAAUUAAUUGUUGUAGUGAAGAGUCAGUUCUUCUGAAUUUGUAUUUGUAAACCUUUUUUUCCAUCUUUCUGUCUUUGCCAGGGGACAGGGGUUAGAGCAGAGCUGACUCUGCAAGUGAUAAACUUAAGCUUUGCCCAUUUUUCUUUUCCCUGUUCUGCAGAAGUAGCACAACUAUAGGGACUCAAUGCUGCUGGCACCAAAGUUUAGGCUCAUUGAUAGAUUGAAUUUCAGUCUUCAUUUACCACCACAUGGAAAGCAAACCUGUUACACUGGUGUGAACUGAAGGUUGAAUCUGAUAAUCAUAUCAGACCUUAAAGUGUAUUUUGGAACCCAAGACAACUUUCAAGAACUGGCAGCUGCAGAAAUAACGUUGUACUAUUUGCAAGUUGUGAUCAGUCGCUCUGAAAGUGACUGAGACCGUUAUACAGAUGUCACCAUUUGCAUGGUUCAGAAAACAGAUAUUGUGCUCAUGAAAUAGCUUGGAGGCUUUUGGGGGAAAAAAAAAAACAUCCUGAAUUGAAAGAGAAAAUAAAAAGCCAAAGGUUUAAUGUAGAAUUUGGGAGUGAGGAAGUAGAGGAAUAUAUUAUCGUGAAUUGACACUUUUUUACUUGGAUUUUAGGCAUUAAGAAAACUCAGACCUAUCUUUUUGGAUGUCAGAGUUGGACAGAUUAUGUGUUAAAAUAAACAUUAUUUUUUUCCUAAGUAAGUGAGGUGGCAUCAAAGUGAUACCUGUUUGUUGGUUUUUUUUAAAGUUGUCAAAUACUGUUUUCCUACGGAAGAGGGUUUUCAUAGGUUUUUUUACUGUUGUUUUUAAAAGGCUAUAUCUGAAGGCUUUUUUUUUUUCCCAGUUCUUUUUUUGUACACGAAGCUUCUGUGAUAAAACAUAUCUUUAGGUCUAUAUGAUCUAUAAUGCUUUAUAGCUUUGCUGCUAACAUGCUUGUUAGAGAGGGUUUGAGAAGUGGGAUUCCUUUGGAGCAAGGCAUCUCUCUAUGGCAGCCCAGGCUCUGUGACUCUCCCAUCCUGAAACAGGAGAGCAGUGCUUUCCCAUGGAGCCCACAGGAAGGAAGAGUUUGAGCGAGCUAGGUUUCUGCAUCUGGGAAUAGUUUUUAUGACUUUCCCUUUAUAUUUUUGGUACAAACGAAUAACAUGAUCUCUACGUGUUUUGAUGGUUUUAAUAUGUUAUAAUGCAUUUCAAAAUUAAAUACAUUCUUAAAGUGCUGAUGAAGCUAAAGAAGUCUGCAUUAUUUCUUGCACAAAAGCAGCAAAUUUUCUUACUGACAUAAAGAAUAUUGUGCAAUGAUCAGCCUUGUGGUAUCUAACAAAUGACAAACAAAAUAAAAUCAUCCUUACAGAGGAUUCAUUUAGUCAUACAGAAAAUUGACCUUGUAUUGCACAGUGGGACAAGAAGGCACAUAUUGAUUUUGAAUACUCAAAUUAUAGAAGCAUUCAAAAAGGGCUUGACCAAGCCACGGUAAAUAAAUUAUAUUAACUUAUGUUACAUUACGCUAAUCAGCCUCCUGAUGCAAGGCAGGUGGAACCAGGCAUCUGGGGCAAUAUUCUCACAAACCAUUUUAUCCAUUUAUCUAUAAAGCAGAUGAGUGCUUUUCUUCAUGGUUUUGUGUUUGGAGAUGUAAGCUUACUUGGCCCACAGUCUGAGACUGUUGGUGUGCACCAACUCUAUAUCUGGCUGUCUGCCACGAAUACAUCAAUUAGCCUUAAUUAAAAGCCCUAUAAAAUAGAUUUUGUAUUAGGUUGGGCUCAGUGCUCGCCCCCCACCAAGUCACAUGACUGUUUGUUAUCUGGUCCAGAGCAGAUUCAGUCCAGACCAAGCGAUGGCAGAGUGUAUUUCUGCCUGCCUGCCAAGGAUGUAUAGACACACUAUAUGCAUAUAUACCUACCCAUUUGGAAUGGGGACUCAGAUCUGGUCCAUUGAAGACAGGUGUUUUGGACAGGUAGGAUAAAUUGUGCUCCAGAGGUGCCAGUCUCUCAGCAUUUACUGUAAUGACUUAAGGUUAGGCACUUGAUCUGUAGACUGCUAGAGGGUAAAUGAAGUGAAUCCAACCCAUAACUCAAGCUCCCAGCCUGAUCUUGUUUGUAUAAAAAAGUGCCUCUAAAAGAGACCGCUCUACCAUCUUUCUAUCGUCACAGAAGCAGUUUUAUAUAGGUGUGGCCAGCAGUACAGGGAACACUGAAAUGUCUCAGCAUGCAACCAGAAUCAAAGUGUUCUUCAGCCACUAAUCUGCUAAUGAGAGCUCCAUAAAGGCAUUCAGAUGCUCAGGUUUUGGCCUGCGGUGAUCAUGUUUUUUAACUUUUUAUGCCAAUACUAUGGCAAGAUACUCCAGGUACCCCCAUUUUCACAGAUUGAGAUGCUCUUCAUUACAGUGCGCAAUGGCAAGGCAUAGAGGAGAAUCACCAGUCAAUUUUCGGACAGUGAAAGACUGCCACCUAUUUGGGAUUUUUGGCUGCUCUGGUGUAUUGAGAAUGUUUGUUAGUUUUAUUGAUGAGCUGCGUAAUGCAGUGGAAAGAGGCCAAGGCCUGGAAAUGUCCAACAAAGGAAAAAAUUGUAGUGAAGAGCUUCCAAGAUAAACAGAGUGACCGACUGUCAGGCGAUUGCCCAAGCCACGGCAGAGCACUGGCUCUGUGCUAUUUGAUGGGGAAAGAGAAGGGAGAGGGAGAAUAAAAGAUGUAAAGAAUGGUGUCCAAAAAUGGUGACAAUAUUCCACUGAAAGCAAUACCUACAAGUCUUUGCACAGGGGCUGUUUUCAUCUUCAUAAUUUAUUUAUUUAGAAGUUGGCAGACUCCUCAUUCCUUCAGGUGGCAUUUAAGGAUGAGGCUGGCAGCCCUUUCUGGAAUGACAGCUGUGGGACAGGGAAGGGCCAUUAGAGGAUACUCAAAUACAGAUGUCCUUAGAGGAAAGUGUGGGCUUCAGGAUAAUCAAAGCUCUCCCUGCUUGCCAAAGUCCUGUCAGAAGGGGGCAUAGAGUAUGCAAAUGGUGUAGCAUCAGUGUACGACUCUGUAUUUGAAACUGGCCCUGCUUUGACCAGGGGGGUUGGACCAAAUGAUUUCCAAAAGGUCCCUUCCAAGCUAUGUUGUUUUAUCAUUCAGUGAUUCUGUAAUUUUAGUAGCACAGAUGAUACAGAGGAGAUAAAAUAUGAAGGUUCUUAGUUAUGCUCCAUUAUCUUCUAAUUUUCAAUGUAAAUACUAUACAGAGGAAUGUGGUGGGCCUUUGAACUGAAGCCAUGUAGUGCUAAUAAAAGUCCUUUUCAUUGCCUUGGGCAGACCCUAGGGCUGUGCUCAGCAUUUCCAUGUGUGCUAUGUCAGGACACUCAGGCACUUUUCUGUCCUGGGCUUGGUUUCAGAGAAUUCCCUGAGUCGUUUGCGCCUCUUUUUUCUCUGUCACCACAUUGUUUUCCUAGAAAAAUAACCCUUCUGUGCUGGUGCCUACCUCCUCCAGCUGCUGGGGCAGGAGAGGACAUGCACGCUCCUCACAUGGCAAGCAUGUGAGGAGCGGUGCCAUACACUGCAUUUUCUGGCUGAUUGGUUGGAAAUCCAGUUACAUCCAGGGCUGCUGCCAGGACCAUUAGUUGGAGGUCCCAGUUCGGUCAGUAAAUGGGGUGUCUUACCCGAGCUCUCAUGGAAAAAGUUCUUUUUUUCUAAAGCAAAACAAAUCUUCUGCUCUUCUAAUUAGUCCUCUGUUGUCCCUGCAGGAUUAAUUACUGCCUUCUUCACUUGUAUCAUCAAAUGAUGUUUGGCAACAGCUUUUUUUUUUCUUUUUCUUUUUUUCUUUUAUUUUAGGUAUAAUUAGGAGUCUGGGCAUUACAAACACGCUCAGUCAGGUGGUACUUAAAAAUUACAGAGCUGAAAUGUCACCUAAACUAGUAGUUUAAGCCUAGCUUUUGAAUACCGACCGCCCUACUGCACUCACUGCAUGUUCAGAGCUCGUCGCUUUGGGAUAAUCAGUUCACCAGUGUGAACAUCCUUCUGAAAUCAAUUAACAGAAGGUUUUUGUUCUGCAGGGUGCUCCCACAACAUGGCUCCUAGAAAAGGGCUGUGAGUGCAAGUAGGUAAUGGCACCUCCCAACUCUUCCUACUGCCCAUUGAUGCUUUGUAUAUUCCCAGCCACGUUUUUGGGGUUUUUUUUUUACUUAAAGGAAGGGCUGAGUGCCACCAACUACAUAAUUCUAUCAAGUGGUAAAUUCAAUUUAUCAAGUGGGAGAGGCACUAGCUAGCAAUAAGGCAGGAUUUAGGUUUUAAAAAUGUGCCUUGUGGGAACUGGGCAAGCUACCAGAAAGACAAUAAAGGAUUUAUCUGGCAAUGCAUACCAAAGGCAUCUUAAACAUGUGAGCAGGAGAAUUUAUUGAUACCAGUGAAAAAGCUUACGAACGUUAAAGUACAAAGCAACUCUGUAAACAUACCUUUCAACUGUCCCAAUAAAAUCCCUGUACUCAGACAAGGGGAACUAAGGCUUGUUUCUGUGGAGUGCAGAACUGGUAAAUCAGCUUUCCCAGAAAACUUAAACAUACAACAUGUUUCUCCAAAUGUAAUAGUUUCUCCAAAUGCACUAUUUUAGUAGCAUGUGCAAAUUUCACAACUAACUCAAAUGUGUUUCCCCUGCCAUUAGUUUCACAGUGAUUCAAAGAUGCUCCUAAAGCUGGUACUGCAGCUGGAACCUAUUUCUCAUAGGACAGGUUUGUUCCUUUCCUUGCUUGUCACUGAUUGUCGAUUAUUUGCCCUUGAAGAGAGCUAUGGGCCCACGUGGGACAGCAUGAUAAACCCGCAGCUUGCAGGGAUGCAGUAGAGGUAAAGGUUCACCAUAUUUUUUUUCUGGAAAACACCUCAGUAGUAAAAAUACGCUUGCAAACUGUCUAAAGUUCCAGUGCCUUACCACCACACUCUAUGUAACAAAAUCCCAUUAGUACAGCAAACCGUUCUCACAUGAAUUAGGACAUUAUAUGCUUCAUAAACUUUACAUACCUAUUUACUGUUGUUAUGCAUAUAACACUUGGCUGGGGCUUUUACUUUCAGGUGUAGCUGUGUAUCUAAUUUCCGUGUGUUUUGAAAGCUACAUAAUGUGAAGCAGAAUAUUUUCUACAAUGAAAAGUAGUGUUUCCCUUCCUUGUGUGCUUGUUUAUCUCUUUUCUCUUUCCCUUCCUUCCUUGACUUCUUUUCUUCUUGCCUAGAUUAUUAGGCUAGCAACAUGUAGAAACAGGAAGAUUGAUUAAGUAAUGUUGCAUCAGCAGAUUUAAUGAGAUAAUGAUCUGUUUUGCUAUUUGUAUUCAGAAAAAGUAAUAUGCUAAUAGGAACUGUAGUUAGGGAUGAUUUUUUAAUGUCCUGCUUAAAUACCAGCCAGUGACCGAGUGGCUCAGUAAAGUGGUCUCGACAGAUCUUGUAAAUUAUGUUCUUUGUUUUGAAGGUAAAUAUUUGCAUCCUUCGAGCAUCUUGUGUAAGUGUUCUUAUUCAGGUCAGUGGAAAUCUUUCCAUUAAUUUGUCUAACCUAGUUCUCACAAAGGGACCAGGACAGUGAGUUCCAGCAUGGGCUCAUUUGGUGGUACUAGAAUUUUAAUUUCAGACCAUUUUCUAGUGCAAAUGAGUCCAAGAUUUCAUGCCCUACAAAAUACUGCAUGUUGAAUGCAGGCAGAAAUGUAGAGUAUGUGUUUGAGGAUUGGGACAGCAAGGUGACUUGCCAUAAAAAUCGGCUGAACUGAUCAGGGAAAGGGCACUUUUUAAUUAACACAUCUUCGAAUCCAAAUGAUUUAUUCUCAGUGUCUGAACUGUCAAUAAUUUCCAUCCAAAGUAACUGCUCAAAAUUCAUGACUGUCUAGAAUAUCCUCCUACAAGCCAGAUAUGUACAUAAGCUGUGCAAACUCUCUCUGGGGAGAAGCACAGUUAAUAAAGUUAUUGCUGCCACUGAGAGAGUUGAUGACAAAGACAGGAGGUUGUGCACCAGGUACUGUGAGACUCUGAAUCCUGUCCUGCAGCCCUGUAUCCAAGCAUUGCUGAUGCAGACAUAGGCUGAUGUGCUCAACUCAUGAGUCCUGUUUGGUUUUCUUCAUGUCUGUCCACACCUUGAGUGGAGCAGAGCAUCAGGAAGGGAAGGAGCAGCUUGUGUAGGACUUCAUGAAGUGUAGCGCCCACCCCAGACCAGGCUCCAAAGAGUAAAGUCCUGGCUCCAUGAGGGCCACAGAGUUUUCACAUAGGCUUUAGGAUUCCUCUCUGCCUACCUCAAUCUCUUUGAAAUUCUUAUAAGUUCCCACUUAUGUUUAGGCAGCUAGUCAUCCUAGCUCUUAAAUGAAGAAAAAUCUGGGGAAUAUAUACUGGGAGGAAAGAGGGAUGAGGGAAGAGGAUGAUCUCGCAUAUGUCUCUGUGCAUGCCCAGCUCCCCAGUGGUGUGUGGUGAAGCAUCCUUCUAACAGCAUGCUCACAGGAUUCUCACGAUUAGUGGCAGGGGGAGAUUUUUCUAAACAAAUUGUCACCACAGAUGACCCCAUUACAGUCAAAACAUUGUAGCAUUUUUCUAGCUUUUUUCUUAGCCUCACCACAACUGACAACUGAAAACUAAACUGAGCGGGAGCUGCUAUACAAGCCUGCACAGAAGAGGCUGAACCUAAACAAACCACCCAGCCUGCCCUCGUGAGGUACCCACACAGUCUGUGCUGAGCACCCAUCGUAGGCAUAACUCGCCUUCUCUUUCUCUGCUGAAAUGCAGCUGCAUGGCCAAUAUGCUUUCUUUUUGUCUUUCCCUGGGAGCAGACUGCUUUGUAUCACGAGCCAAGCGCUCACUGACUUAUGCUUGUGCUGCAAUAUCUCACUCUGCACCCUGAGCACCUAACAGGGACAAUCUUGCCAUACUAAUCCCUGGUUUGUGGUAAUCCUUCUGCUAACAUUAGCAGGACACGGGCUUUAAAGCCUCCUUUUUACCCUGAAGUCCUUAGCUCUUAGCUUUGAUUUCAAAUUCAACGUGUCCCAUUAGCUGAAAAAGCGCCAGCUGAUAUAAUUUUGUUUGUGCAACCCUCAUGGAGAGGUUGGGCAAAACAACUGGUUUUAAAAGCUCACAUUGGAAAAACUGAUCUACAGACUAACUGCAGCUUUUGAAUGUAUGCGAUUCACAGACACUGGACUGCGGGGAGGAAAAAUAUUUUGAGAAAAUUCUUUUCUGCAAGGGAGAAAUUGGGGGAAAGGGUUAUUGCUCAGAUAAUGUUUCUUUUGUUAUGACUUGCUGCUCUUUGUACACUAGCCAAUGCAAAUGACAUUCAUGUUACUGAUGAUAUUUUUGAACAGCCCAGCUAUCUUUUUUGCUGUUGUUAAUAUACCGAGGAUUUGGGGGGGGGAUUUUAAAUGCCUCUGCCUUUCAGGAUUAUUUCUACAAAAGCAAUUGAGAACUGUAUUUUGACAGCAGGAAGCUUAUAAAAAUCUAGAGAAAAAAACAAAAAAUAAAGCAUUUGGAACUGAACAGCUGUAAAAGGAAUGCACCUCUGCUACCAUAUCCAUAAGCUGCAAAGCGGUCAUGAGUUACAUGGAGGAAGGACCAUCUUUCUACUGAAAAUGAAACAUCAAUUCAUACAGAGUGGAUGCUCCCUUGACCACUUACGUGACUGCAGAGGAGGAAUGCGUGGGAACGCUGUGGUUAAACAUGACUCCCCUGUUGCUUUUGGACAUUGCCAUGUGUGGUCCAUUGAAAUUGGUUGAUCUGUAGCAAGCUGCUUGUCGCACUUUUCUGUUUGCUAAAAUUCAACAAUAAGGAAAAUGUGGGUCACUUUAAAGCAUUGGCAGACAACUGUUUCUAACCCAAAGGAUAAUGGGUUUUAGCACAAUGAACUGUACUUCUUCAGGGAGGAUCAAUGUUGAUUUUUUUUUUCCACACGUCUUUAUUUACAUGUGGCUAUAUUUUCAUUGAUACAGAAUAAAAAGUGCAUUUUAUUGAC